GGCUGUUUCCACGCGCGCUGCCAAGGUCCAUCCUCUCCUCGCCGGCUCUGGGCGUGUAGCCGGGGCUCUAUGUAACCCCGGCACGGCCGCAGCGCAGCCCAUCACCGCCCCGCGGGGUCCCCCCGCUCCGCGAUGCCCCGUCCCGCCUCCCCGCGCUGAGCGCCGCGGCCGCAGGAAGCGAAAGCGCGCGCGGAGCCCCGCGGGACGAGCGCGGCGCGGCCGCCCCAUGGCCGGGCCGUGAGCGGAGCCGCCCGUCCGCCCCCCCCCGCGGACCAUGCCCCGUGCCUUUUUUAGAUCUAUCUUUCGGACUCUGCCACUGCUUCUUGUUCUGUCUCCAGUGAGUUCGUCCAAUUGUACAAUGGGAAAUAGAACAACUGAAAUCCGUGUGAAGUAUGAGAAUAUACUAAGCCACGACAUUGAUGAGCUGGUAAAUAUGUCUGCAGAGUAUCGUGACAGGUGCUGCAAGAAUAAAAACCAUGAAAAUAGCAAAAUGUUUUUCUGCAAUGAUACUCAGGAAAUAGAAUCACUACAGAGUAUGGCAUGCAAUAUGCUCAGAUUCUUUCAUAGGCAAAAAAUCAGCAAAGACUUCAGAUGGAAAGCAGCAUUAGUCUCAUGUGGAACGUUACAAGUUCUACGAUGCAAGUGUGAAAGACAUAAGAAAGAAAAGGUUUGCACGCAGGUAAAUAUUCCUAAUAAAGAAGAUACAGAAACAGGUGAACAGUCCAAAAGGAAAUGUAACCAAGAAUUUUGUGAACUGAAAGAAAAUAUAUCUAGCCUUCGAUCCUGCUGGAAUAAAUUUGAAAAAAUAAUUUCCAGGUGAUUCUAGGUGAAUCCUGCUCUUUUCUUUCAAAGUGGCAUUACAUAGUGUCUUUGCAUUUUAUAUGCAUUCUUUGAGUAACUCUGCUCGCUUACAUGAACACUUUAUGCCAGAAUUCUGAUGGAAAGCUACGGUAUCUUGUUCCUGGAGAUGGAAUGAACAGAAAUGGUCAGACCAAGCUGUUGAAUUCCAAGAAGUGGAAAAGGAAGACCAGUGUUCGAAACAAAGAACUCUGCAGAAGGCUGUGUUGCACCUUUUUGCUCUGGAAGCUACUUUGAAUUUUCUGAUCUUUCAAGUAAGUUUAUAAUAUGAAAGCAAUCUACUUACGUAUCUCCUGCAGUAUAUAAAACUAUCAUAGAAGCUGCAGGUGAAGAAAGCACUAUGGAAAAGUAGCUGCUUUCCUUAUAUGUUUAUAAAACACAUCAAGGACGAAAAGGAGCAAUGUACCAACCAAGCAGCUGACCUUGGGUCUGUUCUGCUGAAGCAAUAAUGUUUUCAGUAAGGGUAUCUAAUAGGUCUGCAAACUGUUUUAGUUUUGGAAAAACAGGGAAAAGCUUAUCUUUUUCUAAAAACAUAGAAGGGUGCUGAUUUUUGAGAGAAGUGUCACACCUCCACUGGCUGAAGUACCGGUAAGACAGCAAGACCUAUAGAGGGCAAAAAAGGAAGUGCCUGAAUGUAAGUUUGUUCACCUGACUGGAAAUGGCACUAGCCUAUGUGUUUAACUAUCCUAGAGUUAUGUUCAGGAGGAGCUAGAAUUUCUUACCUUCAGAUUGUGAUUCCUUACAUGCAGUUAUUUUUUAUAAUGUUAGACAAACAUGACUUAAAGUGUGUGAAUAUUUUCAGAGAAUAAUAUAUAGGCAUUUAACUAAUAAAGUGUUCAUAUUUAAUUUUGGAUAAAUAGAAGUAUUUUUAUAGUUGUUUAUAACUCUUCUGAAGUGCCUUACUUUGAUAUUAUAACUUCUUCAGUAAUAAAAUAUUUGUCUUCUAUGGAAUUGAGUGGAUGACAUAUUGGGUGUCCGUACUCCUUUUUUAGCUUUGUUUCACGGCUAGUCAUUGAAAGCACAGCCAGUAAUGUAACCUCCAGCUGCUUGGGACUUCAUGUGAUAAAUUACCUAUUUUUUAGUUGCUUGUAACCUGGCCAGGUUACACUAGGUAGACACUUCAAUACCUGGUAUCUGCCUUGGACUAAAUGUUGUGGGAAAUCUUAAGUCAGUCUGUUGUUUCCUGAUUCAGAGUGAGGUAACAUACAUUGUUUUAUCUGUGCUAAAGGAAAACUUCUGUGGAUCUACUUUGAAAACUUUUUGGUAUUCAGAACAAAGACCUGAAACAAUGAGGGGAUACAUUCCAAAAAACUGUAUGGAUCUCCUUUGACCUUUGUAAGAUCUGCUGUAUUGAAUCCACAAAACCCAGUAUGCCCUACCGCAAAUGGUAAGGGAAGAGGUGAAGAGCAAAGCAAGCAUACUGUUAAUGCCUCCUCAUUUAUGGUGAAAAAAAUUCUCGAGGCAGAAGUAUUAUCUUUGUAAAACUGUGAUUUAGACUUCCACUUAUUUCACUCUUUAGCUCUUGAUGAAAAGAUUGCAACUUUAACUCUCAACAGUGGGAAAAAAACAAAACAAGGACGAAACCAAACAAAACCAACUUACAACUCUUAAGUAAUAGGAAAGGGAAACAGAGUUCCCAAUAACAUACUACAGAUAGGAGAAUGUAACCACUAUCAUAAGGACGUCUCUGGAAAUCCCUUCUACUGAAAAAAGUCCCAGGAGAUUUCAGGAUUAAAUGUGUCUCCGAGACUGAAUAACAAUUGCUUUUCCUUGGAAAGUCAGAACAGCUGAAUGCAAUGCCAAGAUUUCAUUCCAAAUAACUACUUGGCAAGGAAAGGUUAGUGGGAAUUAAAACAAAAACAUUCAGGUGCAAUAUUAGCUACCACGAAACUGGAAGUUCAGUCAGCUUGAAUGACUUAAGCAGCUGCCCAUAACUUAAAUCUUGAGGCAAAUCAAGCAGUUUUAGACCUAUCCUUGGGGAAAGACCAAAGUUAAAUCCAGAGCAGAAAGUUAAGUUGAGCGAUUAUGAAACUGUGAGGCUUUCCUAAUUCUUAUUGCCAGAUUUCCUGAGUCACUACUUACACAGAAAGACUAACUGCUAAAUGCAGUAACUUGUGCUGCUUAUUCCUUCCAUUUGACAACCUUCUCCAGUCUCUGUCGAGAUUACAAAUGUGAUAAUAAACUGCUCUGCAAGAAUGGGUGAAGGGAAGAAAACCUCACAGGGCAUUACUACCAUGCCUGCUUCCCUACCACUUUUAUUUAUUUAUUUAUUUGGCCACAGCAAAGAAUAAGUAGGUAAAAAACAUGACUCAGAAAUACACAGAAUUUAUGGGAAGGGCAAAACAAUAUUUAAAUUAAAAAGAAUUUUAGCACUGUUGUUGCACAGGAUUAUGAGAAAGCAGAAAGUGGCAAGUAAUACCUGUGAGCAAGAGAAUGGUGCAGCAAAAAUAAGUUAGGGCUCUGGUUUAUAGUGAGAAGGAAGAAUUUCUGGCAUUUAGGAAGCCAGAUCAAAGAAGGCCACUGGAAGAGAAUGUUCAAAUCUCACUUUACACCAUCAAACAGGUAUUUACAGCAGUAGCUCUUUAGCCCUCUCGUGGCUGGUUAUGUGUUUCCUUCCAGUUCUAUCUCUUCAGCUUUGUGCUAUGCAAAACAGAUAAUUGCUUUAUGAUACGUUUACAUUCAGCAGAUUUGUAGGUUUUUGUUGGUUUUUUUUUAAUCUUGCCAUCCAAUUGGAAUGGUUCAUGGUGAACUAGAAUAAAGAGGAAGCCAGCAUAAGGAAUAUAACGUAAUUUUGGUGAUGACAAGAUUCUGAUGACUCUUGGCACAUAAAUGAAUAUCAUCCAGAAGGAAGGGAAAAUGUUUUCUCUGAAAAGGGUGUGGUGAAGUAAACAAAAGAGCCCCACAGAAGAAACUUUCCCCUAAAAUGAGGAAAGAAGAGAGAAAUCGGUCUCUACUCAUCCAUAUUUAGUCCAAAAAAAUCAGGAACCCAAACUCUUACUACAAUUUCGGCUCACAUGAGUGAAUAAACUUCAC